AUGUCGAGAUACCAGUUCCCUACACUACUGAUCAGCCUGUCAGCCCUUGUGACAAUGUCCACGGGCAUCACCUGGAUGACCACUCUGAACAAGGAGUGGACAUUCGAGUGUCCGAAAGGCCGAACAAUCAGAUCUUUGAUGUCUUCUUUUGAAAGUAAUGACAGAGUCUGGAACUUCACGUGCGACCUGACAGACCCGAAGCUCAACAUCACCGUUUGUGAAUGGAGUGGCUACAUCAACGGCUACAGGUCACACUUCCAUGCCCAGUGUCCUGGCGACAGCAUACUCACAGGUAAGGAAAUAAAUAUUAUGAUUGUAGUUAGACAUACAGCCAUUAAAAACUGUGUAGAUUUAAAGCAAAAAUUAAUUUAAAAAGGAUUGCCUUUUGUUGUGUCUUUUCGAAAAUGUUUCGAAAAAAUGUCUUUUAAAAUAUAAUCAAAUUGUUCGUAUGCUAAUAAGAUAAUAUUUUAAUUUAAAAAAUUAAAGUAGUUUCAAGGUUUUUAUAAAAAAAUAUUUGCCAUUAUUUGGCUUCGUUGUUAUCUUGAAUACAUACUGUUUUUUUAAAGUCCAUCUGUCAAACGUAACAUUAUAAAGCUGUAUCUAUCUUCGGGUAAGCUGUCAAAAUAAAAUUUUAAAAUUAAUGUAUCUCCAGUUACUCAGUAAAAAUUGCAUGUUAAAAUUUCUCUAGCUUCGGGUAAAAUGUUAAAAUAGCAUUGUAAAAAGUUGUGUGUUGCUGUUAACUCACCAGGAAUGUCCACCUAUUUUGACCGCGAAACGGAAGACAGACGCUACAACUUCCUCUGCUGCUACCCAGGCGCCUCCGCGACGCAUGCGUGCCAGUACACUCCCUAUCUCAACGCACACGGACAGCCGAUUAGCUAUCGUCUGCUCCGAGCCUGGUACAUCCGAGGGUUCAACACAGAGGUUGUCAGCAGUGACCGCUUGUUCAGCCUCAAUAUCUGCCGACUGGACACAUAUGUAGCCACGUGUUAUUAUUGA